AUGACUGAUGAUCAGAAGCGUGAUUGCAAAAAUCACCACAAAGCCAGAACAAUUUUGCUGAAUGUUAUAUCCUACAAUGAACAUGAAAAGGUCACCAACAAGGAAACUGCUAAAGAAAUACUUGAUUCCUUAAAGAUGACUCACGAAGCUGAGGAGAGGUUAGAGGCUCGUUUGGCCAGAGAGGAAGAAGAGAGAGCUCAUAGAGAAGCAGAGGAAAAGGCUAGAUUGGAAGCAAAAGAGAAAGAGAGAAGAGAAGCUAAAGAAAAUACCGCCGCUGAGGCUACUGCUGCUACUGAAGCUGAAGCCAAAGCCAAGGUUGAUGCUGAAGAAGCAACACACAUUGUUGCGGAAGAAGCUGCUAAGGAAAAGGACGUAGCUCUGACUCAGGGUGAAUCAUCUCAUCCUGAGUUUACUCCGCUGGUGUUGAAGACUCUGGAGGAAGUCUAG